CGUGAGGAAUAUCAAUGUAACAAUGUGGUGGAUUACUAUCCGAAUCCGGUGGGCGGGGAUGCAACUCGGUCGACGUGGUAUCCAGGUCAAAUCACACACUGCCGUGAGAAAAGGUGCUGAAACUUUAUUCCCACCACCACCUGCUUGUCGAUCGUGGUCAGGAUGGGCUGGAUGGCCUCGAUGCUGUCCACGAGGCGCGCAGACAUCCUCUUGUUCUGCUUCACGCAUUCCAUCGCGGCGCUGCAUUUCUUGACAACGCCGAGGAUGCUGUCUACGGGGUUGAGGUACUGGGACAUCGCGACGACGCGCCUGCAAGAUCCAAUUUUGUCGGGAUUUCAGACACGCGCACCCAACCGCUCGGGCUCGGCGAGCGGGACUGGCACCGGCGGACUCGGGAACGUCACGUGCCGGUCAGAAACGGCUGCAGCGACCGAGUCAGCACGCGGAUGCGUGCGCGGGGUGGCGCAACCCGGGUCUGUCCGGCGGCUUCCGCAUGUUUGAGAGCUCGUGAUCGCUCGCUCGAUAGACAGAAUCAGACGAGUCAGAAUCUGAGAUUUCCAAAAUACGUUUAAGAAAAGCUGCUAGGAAAUAUUUUCAUGUACUUUGUGUGCACGGCUCAUGUCCACACCAUGACACGAGAUGAGUGACGCAACGCGUAAACGCCCUGAUAGGUCUGAAGUCGUGAAACGUAGAAAAACUUGAGAUGGACAGUCGUCAAAGUCAAGUCUACCCGGGAUACUCGUUGCACACCAUCGUCAAGUUCCUUUUCGCGAAGGAACUUGAUCGGCUGGUUGAGAACGUUUCAAACAAGUCAACAAGGUUAGUAGAUGCCAAUACGCACAAAAUCUACUCAGCUGUACACUGCGGCUGA